AUGGGCAGGGGCUGCAGGGUCCUGGGGCUGCACAGGAGGGACGCCAACGACGCCUGCAAGUGCAAUGGCUGGAAGAACCCCAACCCUCCCACCGCCCCCCGCAUGGACCUGCAGCAGCCGGUGACCAACCUGAGCGAGCCCUGCCGGAGCUGCGGCCACGCGCUGGCGGACCACGUGUCCCACCUGGAGAACGUCUCGGAGGAGGAGAUCAACCGGCUGCUGGGUAUGGUGGUGGACGUGGAAAACCUCUUCAUGUCGGUGCACAAGGAGGAGGACACGGACACCAAGCAGGUGUAUUUCUACCUGUUCAAGCUCCUGCGGAAGUGCAUCCUGCAGAUGAGCCAGCCUGUGGUCGAGGGGUCCCUGGGGAGCCCUCCCUUUGAGAAACCAAACAUUGAGCAGGGAGUCCUGAACUUCGUCCAGUACAAGUUCAGCCACUUGCCACCCAAGGAGCGGCAGACCAUGUACGAGCUCUCCAAGAUGUUCUUGCUUUGCCUCAACUACUGGAAGCUGGAGACGCCGUCCCAGUUCCGGCAGCGCUCCCAGAAUGACGAUGUGGCCACCUACAAGGUCAACUACACGAGGUGGCUGUGCUACUGCCACGUGCCGCAGAGCUGCGACAGCCUUCCUCGCUACGAGACCACGCACGUCUUCGGGCGCAGCCUCCUGAAGUCCAUCUUCACGGUCACCCGCCGGCAGCUGCUGGAGAAGUUCCGGGUGGAGAAGGACAAGCUGGUGCCAGAGAAGCGGACGCUGAUCCUCACCCACUUCCCCAAGUUCCUGUCCAUGCUGGAGGAGGAGAUCUACGGCGAGAACUCCCCGAUCUGGGAGGCUGAUUUCACUGUCCCGGCUGCGGAGGGUGCCCAGCUGGUGUCUCGCCCAGCCGCGGUCAGCACCGUUGCUGUGCCCACCACUCCGCUCUUCAGCAAGAAGCUCAGCAACAGCAGCUCUGCCGCAAGCAUGGACGCCAGCACCCCAGAGCCCCUGCCAGGGGAGAAGCGGAAGCUGCCUGAGAGCCUGACGCUGGAAGAUGCCAAGCGGAUCCGUGUCAUGGGAGACAUCCCCAUGGAGCUGGUGAACGAGGUCAUGCUGACCAUCACGGACCCCGCUGCCAUGCUGGGCCCCGAGACCAGCCUGCUGUCGGCAAACGCGGCACGGGAUGAGACGGCCCGGCUGGAGGAGCGCCGUGGCAUCAUCGAGUUCCACGUCAUCGGCAACUCGCUCUCGCAGAAGUCCAACAAGAAGAUCCUGAUGUGGCUGGUGGGCUUGCAGAACGUCUUCUCGCACCAGCUGCCCCGCAUGCCCAAGGAGUACAUCACUCGCCUCGUCUUCGACCCGAAGCACAAGACCCUGGCACUGAUCAAGGACGGCCGAGUGAUUGGGGGGAUCUGCUUCCGCAUGUUCCCCACCCAGGGCUUCACCGAGAUCGUCUUCUGCGCCGUCACGUCCAACGAGCAAGUGAAGGGCUUUUCCAAGGACAUCAAGGUCCCCAAGAGCCGCUACCUGGGCUACAUCAAGGACUAUGAGGGGGCGACCCUGAUGGAGUGUGAGCUGAACCCCCGCAUCCCCUACACCGAGCUCUCCCACAUCAUCAAGAAGCAGAAGGAGAUCAUCAAGAAGCUGAUUGAGAGGAAGCAAGCGCAGAUCCGCAAGGUCUACCCUGGCCUCACCUGCUUCAAGGAGGGCGUGCGGCAGAUCCCCAUCGAGAGCGUCCCCGGCAUCCGAGAAACGGGCUGGAAACCGCUGGGGAAGGAGAAGGGAAAAGAGCUGAAGGAUCCGGACCAGCUCUAUAACACCCUGAAGAACCUCCUGGCCCAGAUCAAGCCCCCCCCCAGCGCCUGGCCCUUCAUGGAGCCAGUGAAGAAGUCGGAGGCACCAGAUUACUACGAAAUCAUCCGCUUCCCCAUCGACCUCAAGACCAUGACCGAGCGCCUGAAGAACCGCUACUACGUCACCAAGAAGCUGUUCAUCGCCGACCUGCAGCGCAUCAUCACCAACUGCCGCGAGUACAACCCGCCCGACAGCGACUACUGCAAGUGUGCCAACACCUUAGAAAAGUUCUUCUACUUCAAGCUCAAGGAGGGGGGACUCAUCGACAAGUAG